AUGGUGCGCCGAGCAGUUGCCAUUCCCAAGGCAGCCAAGAAUGCCUUUGUGCCACCCUCUCAACGCAAGCAGGUCUUCUUGCCUGAGUUUGUGAUCGCCCUCGCCCGCACACCCUUCCUCUCUCCUCGUUACGCUCAAUUCCGCGUCCCUCUCAACUUCAACAAGCUGGAUUUGCGCGACUACCUCCAAAAUGCGUAUAAUGUGGGCAUUGUCAGUGUGCGCAGCUACAUUGAACAACAGCCAAUCACUCGCAUGACGCGAGAUGGAAGAAACAUCGGUGCCUGGCGACGACCAAAGGCGCAGAAGCGGAUGACCGUGGAACUGCGCGAACCCUUCGUUUAUCCUGAAGAGCCGAAGGAUCUUAGCCCAUGGGAGAAGGAAUCCUGGGAUGCUAGUGAGAAGUGGCAAACUGGUAUGCAGAAGAAGAUGCAGCAAAAGUCGCACAGCGCCGAGGAGCCCGAUACAGAUGUGCGCAAGGCCUUUGAAGAGCAGGCCAAGGAGCUCAAGAAGACUCCUGAGGAGUGGCGACCGUCGUCAAAGGCGUUGGGCGUGGAUCUCGCACGCAGGUUAUCCGUCAGGACAGGAGCGAAGACGGCGAAAUGA